AUGAGCGGCCGACGGGUGGUGAAGGUGAUGGCGGGCGGGGUGCUGGCGCUGGCGUGCGCCGGUGGCGCCGCGGCGGACGAGGCGCGCGGCCGCAUCGCGGACGUGCUCGGCCGCGAGCAGGUGCAGACAGCGUGGAACGACUUCGUGGCGGCGAUGCGGGCCGUGACCGGCGAGGGCGGGUCGACUGGCACGAGGAAGUUGCACCAGGUUGUCCCGGGGCUGGGAGACCUGUUUCCGGGUCUGCAGGGGUUCCCGGACCUCACGAGCAUCACGGACCUGACCUCGUUCGUCGACCUCCCGCGUCUGACCGACUUCCUGGCCGGCAACGUCGGGUUCGACAUCGGCGGCCUCACCGACCUGGACGUCUCGCUGCCCUGGGAGGACCUCGCCUCGAAGCUCAGCGCGUUCGCGCCGCCCACGUCGCUGGCGGACGCGCGCCAGAAGGCGGACGAGAUCCUAGAGCAGUACUGCGAGCCCGCGAGCCUGACGGUGGGCUCGGGCGACGACCCGGUGGAGGUGGGGCGUAUCGAAGGCAUCCCUGACAAGUACACCAAGCUCGCGCCGGUGCUGUACCAGGGCGACGUGAUCCACAGCUGCAGCGGGCACGCGUUCGACUUCACGAUGGAGCCGAUGACCUGCGAGAUCGACCACGCCGCGGGCGAGGCGAAGUGCGUCCCGCCGCGCCUGGUGUACACCAAGGAGCCCGCGAGGUGCUCGAUGCCGGUCCUGCACCGCCCGCCGGUGGUGUGGACGGGCAUGGAGUGCAAGCACCAGCACGAGGCCGGCGUCGGCUUCGAGAAGGUCUUCGGCGGCACCGACGUCGUCAUCCCUCUCGGCCGCCUGCCCAAGGACGGGCCGCUGGACUUCUCCGGCCUGGACUGGGGCAACGCGCUGGCGCAGCUGGCCGACAGCUUCACCGCGGACCUCGGCGGGCUGUUCGACGGAGCCAGCGUCCCGGACCUGUCGGGCCUGUUCGGCGGCCUGAACGGCGGCCUCAUCCCCGGCGUCUUCGGUGGGCCGUGA